AUGGGAGGAGGAGAGAGGUACAACAUUCCAGUAUCGCAUCCAGAGCGCACUGUGGCCAAGAAGAACCGCCAGAUGGGCGGGAGCAAGUCACGGGGCCGAAACCACAAUGGGUCGGCUCCACUUCGGACGGCAGCAGGGGCUGCUGGGGGCCAGCCACAUGGGCCCCAGAGCGGUGACAACAACCCCAGCUGCCCUUGGUCUCCUGAGGCACGGCAGGCCGUGCCAGGCGAAAGGAGCACCGUCUGCUUUGCCUCUGUUUCCCACUUUAACACAUUACUGGUUAGUCAAUGCAGCCAGAACUAUGCUGGGGCCAAGUUCAGUGACCCACCAUCCCCCAGUGUGCUGCCCAAGCCACCCAGCCACUGGGUGGCCCUCCCCAUGACUUCUUGUGAUCGCCGGGAGGUGAUGGCUUUCCAGCUAAAGAGUCUUCUCAAAGUCCAGGCCUGA